AGUCUUCUCAUGCUGCCUCUGCCAUCUUCUCAGUCAGAAGACAUCAUUUCAACUCUAACGCAGCAUGAUCGAAACAUACAGUCAACCUUCUCCCCGCUCUGUGGCCACUGGACCACCUGUCAGUAUGAAAAUUUUUAUGUAUUUACUUACAGUUUUUCUUAUCACCCAGAUGAUUGGGUCAGCGCUUUUUGCUGUGUAUCUUCACAGAAGAUUGGACAAGAUAGAAGACGAAAGGAAUCUUCAUGAAGAUUUUGUGUUCAUGAAAACGAUACAGAGAUGCAAUAAAGGAGAGGGGUCCUUAUCCUUACUCAACUGUGAGGAAAUUAGAAGCCGGUUUGAAGACUUGGUCAAGGAUAUAAUGCAAAACAAAGAAGUAAAGAAGAAAGAAAAAAACUUCGAAAUGCACAAAGGUGAUCAGGAGCCUCAAAUAGCAGCACAUGUCAUCAGUGAGGCCAGUAGUAAAACAGCCUCUGUUCUCCAGUGGGCCCCCAAAGGAUACUACACCCUAAGCACCAACCUGGUAACCCUCGAAAACGGGAAACAGCUGGCCGUGAAAAGACAAGGACUCUAUUACAUCUACACCCAAGUCACCUUCUGUUCCAAUCGGGAAACUUUGAAUCAAGCUCCAUUUAUAGCCAGCCUCUGCCUGAAGUCCCCAAGUGGAUCGGAGAGAAUCUUACUGAGAGCUGCAAACACCCACAGUUCUUCCAAACCAUGCGGGCAGCAAUCCAUUCACUUGGGAGGAGUCUUUGAAUUACAACCGGGUGCUUCGGUGUUUGUCAAUGUGACUGAUCCAAGUCAAGUGAGCCACGGGACCGGCUUCACAUCAUUUGGCUUACUCAAACUCUGAACGGUGUAAGCCGGGAGGCUGCGGCUGGGCUGAUGCUGGUGGUCUUCACAAUCCAGGAAAGCAGUUAAGAUAACUCCCCCGUUGAACUGCCUAUUUAUAACCCUAGUAUCCUCCUGACGGAGAACUAUUUAUUAUACAUCCUAAGGCAUGUAGGGCUGCAAUGAGUAAAUUACCAGGCAGGGGAAACCCCAACAGGCCCUGAUCCAUAAGAGCUUAUAUUCUGAAGCAGCAACUCCACUGACACAGACGUUCAGAGUCCUGUGAAAAGACACCAUUAUGCACAGCUCGAAUUUGAGUAAACAGCAGAAAAUUAGCCAAGUUUAGUUUUGUUUCUUUGCAUGCAGUGUCUUUCAGUGGAGGAUGUAUUUGAUUUCUCAGUGAAGAUGCUGAAGGGAAACGGGGAGCUUCAGCUCACAUUCAAUCAUGGUGGAUUCUGGGUCCCCAGGGCCCUGGUGGAGGUGGGGCAGACUUCAGGAAGUAUAAGGCAGUAGAGAACCAAAACCCUGCCCCCACCAGCCACCCUGACACUCAUUCUCAUCCUCUCUUUCUCUCCUACAUACACAGACACACACACACACACACACACUGAGUCAGGCUGUUGCUCAUCAAGUAUCUUAUUUCAACCCUGUUCCUGUCUCCACUACUGUCGAUGGGGUGGGGGGUGGGGGGGAAGAGAAGUUGGCUCUGAGGCUGCACACUCCUCCCUGAGAAAUGACUGUAUUUAAAGGAAACCUAUUGUAUCUACCUGUAGUCCUCAUUGUUUCCAGAAUGAACUUGUGAUUAUCUUAUUUAUUUUUUGAAUAAUAAAGAUCUCUUAACAUGAUUGUUGUUACUUAGCAUCUGAAGCCCCAGGCCAGGUUGCGGGGGUGUGAGUUUCGGGGAGAGGAAGAGUGUGGUGUUUUCAGAAACUUGGUUCUGAAGCUUGUGGCACCACAAAAUAUCUUGGUGACAGUACACUCCCUGGAGGGCUGUGAUAGCCUCUGAUGGAUGACACGGGAGCUUAGCCAGUGAGAAGCUUGCUCUGGAAACGUUGCAGGGGAUUGCAAAGAGGCUGGGUUUUCUUCUCGAUUAGUCACAGCUAAGUGAAGCUUAAAUGAGAAGCAGUUGCUUAUCUUUUUAAUAGCUGUCGAAGUGGUUCCACCUUAGGUAAGAGGGCAUGGAACAGGGAAGCAUUUGUCCCUCGGUCUUGUCACCUCCAAUUGAGGGGGUUUUCACACAAGAAGCCCAGAGCGGCUUCAUCAUCCUUACCAGUAGAGGGCCCUUCCUCUGGUAAAUACAAGCAGAAAAACAUUACUGUAGCAAUAAGAAUGAGGCUGAGGAGAGGUCGGCACAGUUCUCGGCUGCUGGUCCUGCUUUUUGGUCCUCUGGACAGCACAAUCGCUUCUUGGCUGAGUGACUCAGAAGGCCUUAGAGCAUGAAUUUCUAACAUGAGGCUGAAGAGUUGCUGGGCAAACUUGCUGGCUUGUGUACUUUCUCCAAGAGAAGUUUGGUCUGAGCCUGGGUGACAUUGUAGGUUCAGAGAUAUGUCCACAGUGCUAUCUUGUCCUCCGGAGUGAAGAUCCUUCUACAGUGUCACUCUCACAUGGGAGACUUGAAGGAAGAGGGGCAGCAGCUGUGGCAGCAAGAAGACCCUGGUCAUGAUCUUCUCACACGGAGGCCAGGCCCCCAUCUUGCUGACGGGAAGGCUUGGCCCAGUCCCAAGAGAAGACAAUACACCGGCCAUGACUGUCCUCGCCUCACGGUUGCUGAGAACCCACUGUGGAGCACAGCCUUGGGUGGGCAAGAGGGUCAUUAGAAGGGAGUUCAUGUUCAGGCCUUUCUACCCUCACAUCCUCUGAUUGAAACCUUGUCCCUGAACCUCACCCUGCCUUCUUCUUCUUUGGAAACCAUGAUGUUCCAGGCUAUCUCCACCUCUAGGAACUGAGUGGCUAAUAAAAUGUUAUC